AUGAUUUUGGUCUGUUCAACGUCUGGUGGUAGUGGUGGUGGUCAUGGCGGCAGUGGUGGCCGAGGCUCGUCACAGAGUACUACGGGGCUAGGGCAUGACUCCAUCUACGGCCCAGACCAGUACGGUAGUGCUGGUGGUCAUGGUUACUAUGGCGAUUCACUGUACUUUGGUGACAACUCUCUGAGAAAUUAUAUUGUGACUGGUGAUGUCGGUGGAGAAGGUGGUGGACUUUUGUACAUAAAAAGCCGACAUGUUGAUAUUGAUGGCGAAAUACGUUCCAAUGGGAAAGAAGCACACAGUACUUUUGGUUUAGGAGCAGGUGGAGGUGCUGGAGGAAGCAUAUGGAUUGUCUGUGAUGAAAUUGUUGGUCAUGGUAUAAUGAACGCCAAUGGAGGCAAUGGUCUGUCAUAUAACAGUGUCCAUGGUGGUGGGGGCGGAGGAGGCCGUAUUUCUGUCCAGAGCGGCAACAUCAUCAAGAUGAAUAUCACCAUGAAGGCAUAUGGAGGUACAAGUUCUGCAGAGACAGGUGGAGCUGGAACCAUGUAUGUUGAGACAUUUGACAAAACUCACAGAAACAUUACCAAUCGUGCCCUGUACAUUGACAACAAUGGCCACGCUUACCCUAGGGGUUACCAGUUUAGUCAAGGUGACAGACGAAACUUAAAUGACGGUAAUUAUGUUGACCGAACAGAAGCAGGUGGUAUCACUUGGUUGUACCAUGAUUUAGGAGACUUAUACGAGUUUGACACGAUGUCCCUCAGCGGAAAUGCCCAUAUUGCCAUCCAGUCCGUCCCCCCAUCUACAGCUACCCUUGACCUGGAUGUCAUCAGCGGAGACAGAACUGCUGUGUUACAUUGUGGUGUAUUUCAGACCUGCAAAUUUUUGAAGUUGAACGAAUAUUUACCAUUCAACCUACAGGCAUAUAGACUAAGUGUCAUAGAAAUUCCCGAGAAGAUAACAGUUCGAGAGGUUUGGUCUGAGAUUAACGGAACAGUUAAAGGAUUACAAGACUUAGCAGUAGAAGAUAAAGGAGAAGUCUACAUCUGGUCCUAUGUCAACACCGAGGGCUCGCCAUUGGGGACGUUCUCCGUCACCAACAUAUCUGUACGAGCUGGCGGGAAGUUUGAGCCGCUGAUGACAAAUGACACACAGAUCACUGUGGAAGCCAUCAGAGUCAUAGUAAAUGGUAAAGGCUAUAUCAGAACUAACAGCCUUCAGAUGAACGCCGUCAAUAUCACUGUGGACUUGUCAGGUGACUUCCAUGCAGACUACACCGGAUAUUCCUCCGGCCAGGGUCCAGGUGUCGGACAAUCGGCUACAAACCACAGGGGAGGAUCAGGUGGAGGUCACGGAGGCCGUGGUGGGAGGUCACUUUACGGUUACUACUCUGGUGAAGCGUAUGACUCCUUCAGAUUCCCUAUUGAUUUUGGUAGUGGAGGAGGAGAAGGUCUUCUAGGAGAUCAGGGAGGCCGUGGAGGAGAUAACGUCAAUGUGAUGUGGAAUCUGUUGAAUGAUCUGCAUUUCAUAUUUAUGGGACAUGUUUUUUCCACAAAUGAGUUUUACUGCACAAUUAUUGACCUGUUCUGUGAUUCUUGCAUCUCUAUUUCAGGUAUUAUUCAUCUGAAUGUGUCUGAUGAGCUGAGAGUAGAAGGUCGCCUCCAUUCAAAUGGAGAGAUUGGUGCUGGGUCUACUGCAGGAGGUGGUGCUGGUGGCUCCAUAUAUAUAAAUGUUGGCCACUUGGAUGGUGCUGGAAGUAUAGAGACCACAGGUGGAUCAGGAGCCUCUACACAAGGAGGAGGUGGAGCAGGAGGGAGGAUUGCUAUAGUCCAUAGUCAGGAGAAUCACUUUACAGGCGAGUACCUCAUCCACGGUGGUUACGGUAGAGAACAGUACGGAGGAUCUGGCACUGCCUAUCUCCAGGAUGAUACCAACUCCACACACACUUACCGCAAAUUCAUCGUCGACAACAAUGGACACUCAAGUAGUGAAAGGAUAUCUUCUGAGUUACUGAGUUUGGUUUCUCCAUCCAGUGGUACAAGCCGUUCAUAUCACACCUAUGGUAAUAUUCUGGUGGAAUCUACUGGUUCUCCCCGUUUCAGUUCUCAUCCACUGUCAGGAGUUACCAACACCGGGGCACCAUUCAUCAGCUCUGAUAGGACCAUCAAUGUAACCUUCACCCUGCCAGAUAAUCUAUAUAUAGAGCAUGUCCGAGUCUAUCCAUACUGUGAUGACUCCUAUGGGAGAUACCGCAGUGAUUACUGGGUACUGAGUGAACUAGGAGGAGUGGAGGUGGACCAUACUGGGAACUACCUCGCCAGUGAAGGCUGUCAGUAUCCAGACACGCCACAGAUAUAUGAGGAAGUGGACAUCAAGAGGACUAUUAAUAAGCUAACAAUAAGAUUACAUAGUACGGACCAGCAAGCUUCCCUCGACCAGGUAGAGUUUGUCGUGAUUGAGGAUCCAGCUGUCAAUACUCAGACCUCAUACUCAAGAUACCAGGGAACUGCCUACAUUCUCCAUGAAACAGACAACCUGGCUGUUUAUGAGUUUGAGGAGAUCCAUAUUCAGGGAGGUGGUAGCUUGGCCAUGUCGGGUAACGAUGCACACUUGAAAGUUCAUCAAGUGAAUGGAGACAACACAGGUCUGAUGAAAGUGAAAUGGAACCAGACGAUGACCACAACGCCAGACCGAGCACUAAUGCAGUUUAGUGUUCUUACUGAACGUAGCUCCCACCUCACCCUCCCACCUACCAUUGACUGCAGGGAUAUUGACUUCUAUAUCAAAGGUCACUUUGAUGUGAUGGAUAAUGUGACUCUGAACUCUGGCUGUAGAAUGACUCUCGAUCACUUUGAAGAGACUGUUAAUCAGAUAGAGAACCUGGACAUAAAGACGUUUGGGGAGUUGUAUGUUUUCACUGAUCAAGAGGCACUGACCACACUGAAGGGAACCUCCCUUACUGUGAGGAGUGGAGCUAAGCUGGAUUCCAAUGACUUGGCCCUGUGGUAUACAAACAUCACGGUGGAACCAUAUGGAGAGUUGACAGUAGCUGAAGCCGUACCAAAACAAGAAAAAAGCACUGGUAUUGGUGCUGGUCACUGUGGAACUGCUUGUUCUGGUGGUGGUCAUGGUGGCAAUGGAGGUCAAGGUCAAGGUCAAGAAGUCGUAGGAGCAAGUCACGGGUCUUUUGUUGCACCAACUGCAUUUGGUAAAGAUGGCGGUCAUAACUCCUUCCCUCACAAAGGAGGUAAAGGUGGGGGUCGAUUGUUUAUCAAUACAACACACACCCUCACUGUAGAUGGUGUGAUAUCAGCUCAGGGAGGUAACUGGGGCUCAGUGAGGAGUGGCGGAGGAUCUGGUGGCAGUGUCAUGGUCUAUACCUAUACAAUGGAUGGUGAUGGUAAAUUUGAUGUCAGUGGUGGGAAUGGCUACGAUGGAUCUUACACACCCAAAGCUGGAGGUGGAGGUGGUGGAAGGCUGGCCUGGUACUACGAACACAACUUCUUUGUUGGAACCUUCCAAGCUUUUGGUGGUACUGGUGGUUAUGAAAAUGGUGGCCCUGGUACAAUAUAUGCACACAAGAUGCCAGACCGUGAGCAACCAUUCUCUUCUUUUACAUCCAACCGCACAUUAUACCUCGACAACAAUAACAGGAGACCCCGUGACCCUUCUCGCAAUCUCACAAGUUCCUAUGGUAACUACACAUUGGGGAGUGCUGUAGCCUGGCUCAUCCCAUCAGAGUACCCUUCGUUUGUUAAUGAAACCAGAAAUGACACACAAGUUGUACUUGAAGAAUUUCAAAUAUAUCGUGGAGCUCAGAUGGCUUUUCUGAUGCCAGACAAUCCUUUUGGCUGGAUCGACAUCAAAAUUGGAAUCAUUGAGGGUGACCGAUCAGGUCAUCUCCAUGUUGGUUUUAACCAGUCACAAUAUAUUGCCAGUGGCAAACUUCCUAAUGACCUGUCCAUUUAUCAUGGAGGGGACAUAACUCUGAAGGGAGAACUGCGAGCAGCAGGUGUGACCAUCAGUAUGGAGGGAGUUAUCAAUAAUGUUGAGAACUUGACAGUUGUGGACGGAGAGUAA